UCUCUUGAUGGAUUCUCAGCCUGAGCACCUCCCCUUCCACUCUGCUGGGUGGGAGCAUUAAUCUGGGACCAUCCCGAGGCGGGUCGCUAGAAGUUUGGCCUGCUGCAGAUUUCCCCCAAACUCUCUAGGUGGGUGGAGAUGAAUCCGUGUUUCUCUGUUGCCUAAUCGCUGUUAGCUCCACCUCAAACGGGACUUGGGCAGAGGAAUUUGUCAGCACUUCUGUGUCAGAGAGAGAAGUGGUCUCAGAGAGUCUUCUGCCCUCUCCCUCUCACCCCCAGGUCCUGGAAUGAGAAGGAUGCUCCAGAGAUGGCGUUGACGGCCAGGGUGCAGAGGAGUGGGCUGCUGGACGUCCUGGUGCGGGACGUGUGGCACCGGGUGUUGGCCACCUUGAACGAGGAGACCCUGGUGCUGAGCUGCGACCAGGCGGCCGAUCCCGCGGCGUGGAAUGGGGUGGCCAACGGAAACCAGGCUGGCUCCCCGAGCCCGUGCGCCAGUCCAAAGGCCGGAGGGGUCCGCAAUGCCUUCACCGAGCUGCCCGAGAGCGUCAGUAACAGGAAGAGGAGCGUCAGGGUCAUCAAGCAGGAGGUUGGGGGCUUGGGGAUCAGCAUCAAGGGAGGCAAAGAGAACAAGAUGCCAAUCCUGAUCUCAAAGAUCUUCAAGGGUCUAGCGGCUGACCAGACCGAGGCUCUGUAUGUCGGGGAUGCCAUCUUGUCUGUGAACUCGGUGGACCUGCGAGACGCAACACAUGAUGAAGCAGUGCAGGUGUUGAAGAGAGCGGGGAAAGAGGUACUCCUGGAGGUGAAGUACAUGAGAGAGGCUACACCGUACAUUCGGAAGACCUCUCCGGUUUCUGAAAUUGGAUGGGAAACCCUCCCUCCAGAGUCGCCCAGGCUUGGCUCCACCACCUCAGAGUCUCCCUCCACCCCUUUGUUCUCCUUGCGCAUAGAGUCCAAGGACAAGAGGAGUAUCCCGCUGAAGAUGUGUUACGUCACCCGAGGCUUCACUGUCCCAGACCCAGAGAACAGGCAGUUUGAGUUACAUUCUCCCGACUGCAAGCACACAGUGGUGCUGAGGUGUAAGGAUGCCCCUACAGCCCAGGCCUGGUUCAAUACCAUUCAGGCCAAUGCCAACAGCCUGACGUCCAAGGUCAUAGCAGAGGUCAAAGAUCAACUUGGCAGGACAGGGAUAGCUGGCUGCCGAGAGGUUCGACACAUGGGCUGGCUUGCGGAAAAGCCGGUGGUAGAGGGUGACAAGAAGCCCUGGAAGCCAGUGCUGGUUGUACUCACCGAGAAGGACAUGCUCCUGUACCCCAGCAUGCCUCGUCUGAAGGAGUCCUGGCUCAGUCCAGCUAGCACUUACCCACUGCUCGCCACCAGGUUGGUUCAUUCCGGUAUAGGGAGAGACUCCCCUCAGCCAGGCGCAGAACUCUCCUUUGCCACUCGAACUGGAACUCGCCAGGGCAUAGAGACGCACCUGUUUCGGGUCGAGAACAACUCCAGUCUGUCCAGCUGGACCAGGCAAAUCGUACAGGGCUGCCACAAAGCAGUGGAACUCAUCAAAGAAGUUACAACCACAUGUACAUACAGGACCCAGGAGUGCUGUCUGAAAAUUCAUUAUGAAAAUGGUUUUUCUAUCUUGAAAGAGGCACAGGAGGGAAGCUUGCCGAAGUUGAUCUGGCACUAUUCCUUUGAGAAAUUAAAGAACUCCUCAGAUGAUGGAGUGAGAAUGCUCUAUCUAGAUUUUGGUGGAAGGGACGGGGAAAUUCAACUGGACCUUCAUUCAUGUCCGAAACCCAUUGUGUUCAUCAUCCACUCCUUCCUUUCAGCAAAGAUUGCACGGCUCGGCUUGCUGGCCUGAGGUAGGAGCACCUGCUCAGUGAAGGAACACGUCUCAGAAAGGGCUAUUGUUCAGGAACUGCUGGAUAACUCCAGAAGGCAGAGCGUAGCUGUGAGGAGCGGGAUAUUUAAUCUUUAAUAGAAUCAGACAAAUAGUUUAUUUAAUAGAGAAAAGAUUUGUAACAAUCCAAAAUGAAUUUUAAAGGCACCUUGCUGGUUUUAUAACAUAAAACUUUGAAUUCUUUUCUAUACUGCUGUGAGAAGUCUAAUAAAUUUUUCAAUCAUUGUUGGUAGAAAAUCAUAAUCUUCUCCAUCAAAUUCACAAACUAAAGUCUCUGUAAUGUGACACCUUAUUCCUAUUUGCCUACUGUAUAAGUGAAGAAACACUCAUCAUUUCAGACAGUGAAUAUUAUUUUUAAUUUCAGUCUCUAACAAGGCUGUUGCCAAUUAGAUUUUAUAAAUAUGUAAAAUGAGAAUUAAGUUUAAAUCACAUUAUAUCCAUAUUAAAAAAAGAGUUGCAGCUA